ACGACCGUACAAGUGUGAGGUGUGUGGCGAAGCAUUCAAACAGAGUGGUCACUUGACAGAUCACUUGAGUAUACAUACAGGAGAAUGACCCUACACGUGUGAUGUAUGUUGUUAUGCAUUCAAAACAAUAGGUAAUUUGACAGAAUACAUGAGGAAAUAUUCAGGAGAAAGACACAUGCGGAUACAUACAGGAGAGAGACCGUACAAGUGUAAGCUGAAUGAUGAAGCAUUCAAACAGAGUGGUCACUUGACAGAUCCCACGAUGAUACAUACAGAAGAAAGACCAUACAAGUGUAACAUGUGUGAGUAUGCAUAUAACAAGAAUGGUACCUUGACGAGACACAUGAGGAUACAUACAGGAGAAAGACGCUACAAGUGUGAGGUUUGUGGUUACGCAUGUAACCAGAAUGCUGGCUUGAAGACACACAUGAGGAUACAUACAGGAGAAAGACCAUACAAGUGUGAGGUGUGUGUUUAUGCAUGUAACCGGAAUGGUGGCUUGAAGACACACAUGAGGAUACAUACAGAAGAAAGACCAAACAUGUGUGAGGUUUGUGGUUAUGCAUGUAACUGGAAUGGUGGUUUGAAGACACUCAUUCAAGUACAUACAGGAGAUAGACCCUACAAUUGUGAGAUAUGCGGUUAUGCAUGUAACCGGAAUGGUGACUCUAAGGCACACAUGAGGAUGCAUACAGGAGAAAAGCCAUACAAGUGUGAGAUGUGUGGUUAUGCAUGUAACAAUAGUGGUACCUUGAAGAAACACAUUAGGAUUGAUACAAGAGAAAGAGGGUACAAGUGUGAGGUGUGUGGUUACGCAUUUAACGAGAGUUGUAGCUUGAAGAAACACACGAGGAUACAUAUGGGAAAGACCGUACAAGUGUGAGGUGUGAGGUUAUGCAUGUAACCGGAAUGGUGGCUUGAAGACACACAUGAGGAUAUAUACAGGAUAGAGAGUUGUUUUAAAAUAAGUAUACUGUGUGUCAAUCAUAAGUUCAUUUAUAAUAAAUGUAUUGUUAUGA